AUGAGGUUUCGUGCGGCCCCUUACUUGCUCUUGCCUCCGCUCGUGCUCGCGUAUCCUUCUUCGGGUCCGGCUUGUGCGUCUCCGCAGACGGAAGCAGCAGACUCGUCGAAUACGUAUGAUUACAUUGUCACGGGUUCUGGGCCAGGAGGCGGAACGAUUGCUACGAACCUUGCGCGCGCGGGACACUCUGUGCUCUUGAUCGAAGCGGGUUCGGAUGCUUCGCUUGAUAUUCGGACUCAGAUUCUUGCGCUGAACAGCUUUGGCAACACAGAUGUCACGUGGCAUUUCUUUGUCAAACAUGGUGAUGACGAGGAGAGGCUGAAGCGGUACAAUCUGCUGGUUUGGAGACUGGCAAAUGGAGAAUACUGGGUUGGACGAGACCCAACCGUUGAGGGCCAUGUCGGUGCUGAGAGACUUGGUAUCUUCUAUCCUCGCGGUGCGACGCUUGGUGGAAGUGCUAUUGUAAACGCGGCAGCAACCUUCUUGCCAAGUGAGAGUGACUGGGAUAUCUUUGACCAAGGAACCGAAGAAGACCUCUGGAGUGGUGGCCUGAUGCGCAAGUACUUUGAGAAGAUCGAGCAUAACAACUACCUUGAACCUGGCACCCCAGGCCACGGAUUCACGGGCUGGCUUCAGACAAACAUUGCCGACCGUGCAGCUCAGCAAAUGGCUCCGCUUCGUCUCAAAAUUUACGAAGCAGCUUUAAAGCUCAUUGGCAGAGAACCAGAAAAGGUACUGGACUACAUCACCAGCGAUGGCAAUUAUCUUGACCCAGACCGCGAUCAAACUGAGGGAUUGUGGGCUUUGCCUUUCCAUGUCGGACCGACAUGGAGGCGCUUCAGCCCGCGUGAUAUCAUUCUCCAGAUGCGAAAUGAGACAACUGCGAACGGCACGCAAAAGUAUCCGCUUAAUCUGCAGCUCGAAUCCUUGGUCACCAAGGUGCUGUUCGAUACCUGCGGUGGCAAUGGCACAAAGCCACAGGCGGUGGGUGUCGAGUACCUCCAAGGCAAAUCCGUAUACAAAGCGGAUCCACGACGAACUGCCAACACUACAGAAGGUGUCCUCAAGAAAGCUUUUGCUCGCAAAGAAGUCAUUGUUUCAGGUGGUGCAUUCAACUCGCCCCAAAUCCUUCAACUUUCUGGUAUCGGUCCUAAAGCCCUUCUCGAGAAGUACGGUAUCCCAGUGGUCUCUGAUCUGCCCGGCGUAGGCCGCAACCUCCAGGAUAAUUACGAGAUACCAAUGUAUGGCGAGUCGCCAAUUACCCUCACGGCCCCUCCUGACCCUAAUGCACCAAGCUGCACAUUUGGCGCACCUGGAGAUCCAUGUGUUGACCUUUGGUACAAGGGCGAGGGACCAUAUGCGCGCGGUGGCGUCAACUCCAACGCCUUCCUGCUCAAGACACCGCACGCCGUCGAGGGUGAGCGCGACAUGUUCAUGUUUGGCUUCCCUGGCAGCGUCUUCGGUGGUUUCGCACCUGAUACAAACCAGAAUCAGACGGGUGUGCCUCCGACAACCUUUUCUUGGUCUACGGUUAAGAUACACCCACAAAACACCGCAGGAUACAUUCAGAUCCAGUCUGCUGAUCCCACAGAGCCCCCAGAGGUCAAUCUGAACUACUUCGCUACCGGCGCAGAGACAGACAUGGGCGCCAUUCUGGAUACACUGGCAUUCGUACGCAAGGCUUACAUGACAACUGAGGGACCCGUUGGUCCUGUCACUCCCGUGUCCCCCCCUUGCCCUCCAUCUGAUAUACUUGAGACUGGGUACUGUAAGGAUCAGGAGAUUGACAAGCAGUGGAUAGAGGACCAAGUAUUCGGCCACCACCCAACGAGCACCAACAAGGUGGGCCCAGACUCUGACCCAUUGGCUGUGCUAGACUCCCGCUUGAGAGUCAAGGGCGUAGAAGGCCUGCGUGUUGUCGAUGCAAGUGCUUUCCCAAGAUGUCCCGGCGCAUUCCCAGCAGUCUCUACGUUCCUGCUGAGUUCGAGGGCAACGGAUCUGGUCUUGGAGGACGCUGCCAAGCGCUAG